UUUUUCCACUUGCCGUCCAAACGCUCGGACAGUUCCUAUAAUGUAUUUACUUUGGAAGGUAGGAGUUAUAUUUUAACUUCCUGAUUGAUUGCUCCUCGGAUAUAAGUGCAAGCAAUGGUAGAAGAAGGCAAGAAUUUCAGAAGAAGCAGCACAUUCCACCAGGAUGUCUAUGAAAUGGAUUUCAGUUCUGCUGCUGCUCCAGCUGAGCUGUUACUUUAGCUCUGGGAGUUGCGGAAAGGUGCUGGUGUGGCCCACAGAAUACAGCCAUUGGAUCAAUGUAAAGACAAUCCUGGAUGAACUUGUCCAGAGGGGUCAUGAAGUGACUGUUCUGACAUCUUCAGCUUCCAUUCUUGUUGAUCCGAACAAAUUAUCUGCUAUUAAAUUUGAGAUCUAUUCUGCACAUUUAUCUAGAGGUGAUUUUGAGGCUUUGUUCAUAAAACUGCUCAACAUUUGGAUAUAUGAUAUGCCAAAAGAUUCAUUUUGGGCGUAUUUUUCAGUAAUGCAAGAAAUUUUUUGGGAAUUUUAUGAGUGUGCUGAGAAGCUCUGUAAAGAUGUAGUUUUGAACAAGAAACUCAUGACAAAACUACAAGAAUCAAAGUUCGAUGUCAUUCUUGCAGACGCUGUGGGACCCUGCGGUGAGCUGCUGGCUGAGCUCCUUAAAAUACCUUUAGUGUACAGUCUCCGUUUCUCUCCAGGCUACGCAUUUGAAAAACACAUUGGAGGACUUCCGCUCCCUCCAUCCUACGUACCUGUUAUUCUGUCAGAAUUAACUGAUCAAAUGACAUUCAUGGAGAGAGUAAAAAAUAUGCUAUAUGUGCUUUAUUUUGACUUUUGGUUCCAAACAAUAAAUGAGAAGAGUUGGAAUCAGUUUUACAGCGAAGUCCUAGGAAGACCCACUACACUAUACGAGUUAAUGAGGAAAGCUGAUAUAUGGCUCAUUCGAUCCUACUGGGAUUUGGAAUUUCCUCGCCCAUUCCUACCACAUUUUGACUUUGUUGGAGGCCUCCACUGCAAACCUGCCAAACCCCUGCCUAAGGAAAUGGAAGAGUUUGUCCAGAGCUCUGGAGAAAACGGUAUUGUGGUGUUUUCUCUAGGGUCAAUGGUCAAUAACAUGCCAGAGGAAAGAGCCAAUGUGAUUGCAUCAGCCCUUGCCCAGAUUCCACAAAAGGUUCUAUGGAGAUUUGAUGGCAAGAAACCAGACACCUUAGGGCCAAAUACUCGGCUGUAUAAGUGGCUUCCCCAGAAUGACCUUCUUGGUCAUCCGAAAGCCAAAGCCUUUAUAACCCAUGGUGGAACCAACGGCAUCUAUGAGGCGAUCUACCACGGGAUCCCCAUGGUGGGCAUUCCCUUGUUUGCCGAUCAAGCUGAUAACAUUGUUCACAUGAAAGCUAAGGGAGCAGCUAUCAGACUGGACUUCAGCACAAUGUCUAGUGCAGACUUGCUCAAUGCAUUGAGGACAGUCAUUAAUGACCCUUCGUACAAAGAGAAUGCUACGAAAUUAUCAAGAAUUCACCACGAUCAGCCUAUAAAGCCCCUGGACCGAGCAGUCUUCUGGAUCGAGUAUGUCAUGCGCCACAAAGGAGCCAAGCACCUGCGGCCGGCCUCCCAUGACCUCACCUGGUUCCAGUACCACUCCUUGGAUGUGACUGGGUUCCUGCUGGCCUGUGUGGCAACUGCUAUGUUUGUCACCACACAAUGUUGUCUGUUUUGUUGUCGGAAGGUCGCAAAAACAGGGAAGAAGAUCAAAAAGGAGUAGUCGUAUCUGAGGCCUCCAGCUGGUCUGCCUCCUAGGUGGGACUCCUCCAGUUUAUGCCAGCAAGGAGUUAUGAUGUCAAGGUCCCUUCCCCUGUGAAGAAACGACUCCUCACAACUUAGCUUCUGAGAUCAACUCUGCUCUCAAGGGAUUUAUUGCCUGUUUAAGAGUUAGAAAUAUGUCAUGCCAACAGAAAAACUGGCAAAAUUAAAUUAAAUUAAAAUAAAACUCUA